UUACAGGGACCAAACUGUCAAUUAAAGAAAAUUUCCACUUACUAGGUUUCUCUCCCUGAUUUCACCAUUUUCAUGGCUUCUUCUUGAAAGACAUUCGUCCACCAAGUCAAUAGGGAAGUGUAAAAUGUUCAAUAAGUUAUCGAAGCGUGGCUUUUGCACGGCAAUAUCAUCACGGCCUUGGCUUUUUGUGGGCUUGGGCAAUCCUGGAGAGAAGUUCAGAGGAACCAGGCACAAUGUAGGGUUUGAGAUGAUUGAUGUGUUUGCUGAGUCUGUUGGAAUUCCAAUGAACAGGAUUCACUGCAAAGCUGUGUUUGGUGAAGGUUUUGUUGGGGACAUCCCUGUUUUUCUGGCAAAGCCUCAAACUUACAUGAACUUGAGUGGUGAAUCUGCAGGACCGCUCGCAGCAUAUUACAAGCUACCUCUAAACCGUGUGCUCGUGUUCCAUGAUGACAUGAACUUGCCAUGUGGGGUGCUUCGGCUUCGACAUAAUGGAGGGAACGACUCCCACAACGGGUAUCAUUGA